UCAUUUCACUCUCGCUCGCAGCCAGCUCGCCCAUCUUCAUCGCCUCGACAUUCGCCUUCGCCCUCGCUCACACUCGCACCGCACGACAUUCUUCUUCCAUCUUUUCUGUCGUAAUCACACACGCAUUACAGAGACCUCUUGCUAAAAAGAAAAACGACACAAAAAUCGAAAAAGAAAAGAAAUUUUCCUUUCCACCACCCGACCAAAAGAAAAAGAACAAAUUCUUAUGAAAUAAUAUGCAAUUUUCGUGAUUUAUCACAAAUCACAAAAGCAUUUCCUUACUCGAGCAAAUGAAAUUCUGUUUCUGAAUUCACAUGAACUUUUCAUCUUCCAGUAAUCGAGUUCGAAUUCACUUAUUUUCCGAAUACGAAAACGAAUCCGAAUUUCCUAGAUUUAACUUUUUUGCAAAUCAAAAAAGUACUUCCAUCCCAUUCGCACUCGUCGUUUCUCGUAAAUGAAUGAAAAUAAAAAUUCUGUUCGCCAUCGCAAAAUGAAUUGAAAAAUAUUCCCGAGUUUGAGUUUAUUUUAUUUUUGUUUUUUCAAAUUCAAUCUCAAUUCAUUCCUUUGGGUUGAACCCGAAAGCUGAAAAUCAUAAACUUUUUGGUUAAAUGUUAAAAAAUCGUGAACCGUGAACGUGAUAAACAAAUUGCAAAAGUGGAGAAAAAUUCGCUGCUGAGAAAACUUGGUGAGCGAGGAAAGUGAUUUCCAAAAAAGAAAAAAGUGAUAGUGAUUUUGACACUGUGAACAGUGAGAAAUGGAAAUCUUCGCUAAAAAUUGGGAAUAGUUUUUUUGAGUGAAAACCCAAGUGAUAUUGUGAUAAAAACAUAGAAUCUCCUCGCCUUGAUACCAGGAAAAGUUUUAUAAGAAAAAUUGUGUUUCCUUUGCGGUCGUCGCGCGAGUGGUUUGGGCUUGAGAUUUGUGUUUUUUUUUUUUGGCCACGGCGGAGGCAGGCACCACAGCUGAGGCUAAGGCUGUGACCGACUACAAGACCUCGUCGCUCUAAUUGAGACCGAGAUCGAGACAAACCAUCCCAUGACAGGUUGACAUUGCGAGAGUGCAACUUUCUUAAUUCAGACUUUACAAUAUCAUUGCUAGUCGUUCCAUUGGCAUUUUACUCAUUUGCGAAAUUAUUAUAAAAAGACAAAGAAUGUGUAACAAAAACGGUGGCUGAUUUUUAUGUUGGCCCUGAGAUUGAAAACAUUGAAUUUGACGACCAAAAAAAAACAAUAGUUUCAAAAUAAUAAGACAUCAUAGUUCAUCCAAAUAAAUACACAACAAAAGAAAAUAGAUACAUCCUUUUUUCUAAUAAUUAAAAUCAAUAUAAUAUAUAAACAAAAAUGGACAAAGAUCGUCAAUCGUUACGUCACAAGUCAAGUAAGAAUCAUCAAUCAAAGAAAAGUUCAAAAAAAGACAAGAAACGUAAACGUUCUCGAACUGAAUCCCUAUCGAUCUCAGAUGAAUCAACAUCAAAUCAUCAUCGCCAUCACGGCUCAUCGAGCAAAGCGGAUAAAUCAUUGAAAAGCCAAAGCGCCUUGGUUGAGUACUCGGACGUGAGUUCGGAGGAUUUCUCCGAUCCUGAAGUCAGCGGCGAGGUCAACGAUAAAAGUAAAGAAAAGAACAUAGCGCCUGCCACCAAAAACGACUUAAAAACGAAGGGGAACAACAUAGAUUCGACUAGUAGCGACGAUGGCUAUAGCCUCAAACGUAAAGAGAGCCUUGAGAUUGAGGAAAAAGUCGCCAAAAUGUCACCAAGUCAAUUGCGGCGAAUCAUCAUUGGUUCGCCAAUAAAUUCCUCCUCGAACUCAUCGUCGAUGCAGAAGUCAACUACGAGUAGCGAGCAGAAGCGUCUGGCCGAGAUGGAAUUGGCAGCCGAGGAAGAUGACAUAGAGGAGUACCUGUCGACAGAUGAUAAUUCUUUACUGGAUGACGACGAAGAUGAUUCUGAAUUGGAGCACAAACGGAAGCGCAAAAAGAGCAAAAAAGACAAAAAACAUAAAAAAUCAAAGAAGUCAAAGAAGCGCAAGAAGAAGCGACAAAAGUCAAUAUCGAGCAUAGAGACUCUGUCCGAUUUGGAAGAACUGCUGGAGCGGCCAAACUACACCCCACCGCCCGUCGGAAAGAAAUCUAUGUCGAGCAAGACUGGCGCCUCGCCCUCAGAGCGUUGGAAUCGAGGCGGCGGUAGCGCUCACAACAAUUCUACCACAUAUACUCCCAUGAAGGAAGUCAGCCCGCUGUCCGUAGAAACGCCACCGUUACGCCCCAACAGCAAUAACAGCUAUUACUCGGAGUCAACCUCGAACUUGCCCGGUGCAAGCGGUGGCAGCAGCAGUAUUCAACAUCUUGCUGUGCCGAAUUCAAUAAACUCCGCCACUACUAGCAUCCAUGUGACAGCUUCUCACAGGCGCACAACGCCCAAUCCCAAGCACAGGACACCCCCGAUGCGUCCCAUACCCGGCAGCAGUGGAAAGACACGGUAUGCUGCCUCACCCCACACGCCGCCACUCUACAACAGCAACAAGACAAAGAACGACAUGUACGGGAGUCCCAAGGUUUCAGGGAUGGAUCACUAUCAUCACCACCAUCACAGGAGUAGUGGCAGCUUGAGUAGUCAUCAUCAUCAUCAUCAUAGGCAGUCGACAGCGCCGAUGGAAAGCAGAAAAAUUACCACAAUUUCUCCAGAACGAUAUCACCAUCAACCCGCCACUCCACCCCACAAGCGCCGAAAAGCCAAUGACGGCCGUCCUUAUGAGUCGAGGCAUCACGUUUCCCGCCAAGAUUUCUACAACUACAACCGGUUCAAUAAGAACAAAUACGUACACAAGCGGUAUACAAGUCCAAGCAGCCCACAGUAUGCGCAAUACAGUCGACAUUCAUCGUCAUCCCGUUCGCAUAAACACAAAUACACAGUGUCCAGUCCAUCGCCAGUACGAUCAAGGUCUCCGAGAAGAGAUCGCUACUCUCGCAGCAGAUCGCCGCGAACCUCCUCACAUCAAUACGAUUCGCCAUCGCCGAGGAGACGCUACUCUCGAUCGCGGUCCAACUCCCUUUCGCCCAUUGACGAAAUGAAACAGAAGCGAUUGGACUACAGCAAGAAGAUUAGUGAGACAAGCCUAUUCGCUGAGCUGGUCAAAGACAAGCACAAGCGGGAGAAGGCUCUAAAGGAAAUUAUUGAAAAGCAAGAAGAAAGCAACAGUAAUGGAGCUUUAAUCAACGUUAACGACAGUAGUCUCUCCAACGAUUCUACAACGUUAGCAAAACCUGUGGAGGAUGGGGAAGCGGCGGAUGGUUCUUCCGGGCAGCAGCGCGUAGCGAAUGGUGUUAAAUUAGGCAAUAACAAUUUAGAUAUAGUUAACAUUCCUAUGCCGACAGGCGACGAAACAGCGAAUUUGGACGCCAUAGAUGGCUCGGCGCCACCUGUAGGCUUCCUCAAGCAUCCCAAUAUUGGCGAUGAGGCGCCAAUUAGUAACAACAAUAGCCACAGUAGCAGUAACGACAACAACAACAAAAACAUUUCGGACAAAGAGAAUGAUGUCUUAAACAAAACCAAAGUCAAUAGUAAACCGAAAAGCCUUACAGCACUACCAAUGCCGCCGGGAGUUAGUGUAGCUGAUUUAGUCAAUGCUCCGACGCCAAGUCCUCCACGGGAGGAUCUAAUGCCUUCACCUAAAUCACCGACGCCAACGCCAACUCCAACACCAACGCCCGAGAAGAAAAUAACCAAAACACCUGCAUCUGCUGCCAACAAGAGUCUUCUAAAUCUACCAAUGCCUCCAAUGGUGCCCGGCAGUGAAGACCUCAGUGGAGACGAUGAGGUUAUAGGUAGUCCAGACGACAUGGACUUGAGUAGCAGUGCGAAGAACUCGAACAAUUCCAGUUUCGGUUCGAUCAAGAGAAAACGACCAGUGAUCCUAAAUCGUCGAGAUUCCCGAAGCAAUGUAAGAGACUGGGGCGAACGGUGUGUCGAUGUUUUUGAAAUUAUUUCAAGAAUUGGUGAGGGUACAUAUGGGGAGGUCUACAAAGCCCGUGAUAAUCACACAUCAGAGUUGGUUGCUCUGAAAAAAGUGCGAUUGGAACACGAAAAAGAAGGUUUCCCCAUCACGGCUGUGCGCGAGAUAAAAAUCCUGCGACAACUGAAUCACAGAAACAUUGUGAAUCUACACGAGAUAGUUACGGAUAAGCAAGAUGCUUUGGAAUUCCGCAAGGACAAGGGUUCGUUUUACUUGGUUUUCGAGUAUAUGGACCAUGAUUUGAUGGGAUUGCUGGAAUCCGGAAUGGUGGCGUUUAGUGAGGAAAAUAAUGCUAGCAUUAUGAAACAAUUACUCGAUGGGUUGAACUACUGCCACAAACGGAAUUUCCUGCACCGAGAUAUAAAGUGUUCCAAUAUCCUAAUGAAUAACAAGGGUGAAGUCAAGUUGGCGGACUUUGGUCUAGCUCGUCUUUACAAUGCCGAAGAUCGAGAGCGUCCGUAUACCAAUAAAGUGAUAACAUUAUGGUAUCGAUCGCCGGAACUGCUACUCGGCGAAGAACGUUACGGUCCAUCGAUUGACGUCUGGAGUUGUGGCUGUAUAUUGGGUGAACUUUUUAUGAAACGGCCGCUGUUCCAGGCGAGUUCGGAAAUGCCCCAACUAGAGACAAUAGCACGACUAUGUGGCUCUCCAACACCCGCCGUUUGGCCGAACGUAAUCAAAUUACCUCUGUUCCAUGCGAUCAAACAAAAGAAACUCCAUCGCCGGCGGUUACGCGAAGAAUUCGAAUUUAUGCCAACACCUGCGUUAGAUUUACUCGAUAAAAUGCUUGAGCUAAAUCCCGACAAGCGGAUAACAGCCGAAGAUGCGCUCAAAUCGCCAUGGCUUAAGAAUGUCUUCCCAGAGCAAAUGCCAACUCCAGAAUUGCCAACAUGGCAGGAUUGCCACGAGCUCUGGAGCAAAAUGCGGCGAAAACGCGAGAAGCAAGAGCAAUUGCCGGUUCAAGCAGCUGGUGGCCCGGUCGUUAGGCCAUCAGCGGCCAUAAUCGAUAGCAAUGCCUAGCAGCAGCUGUAUAAAAUGAAUUAUAACGAAACAUAUAAUAAAUAAUUUUAUUAUUUUUUGUUCAUAAAACAAACAAUUAGUAUAUAUUUAAGUUUUUUUUUUUGUUAAUUUCAUUACAAAUUUUAAUUUGUAAACAUUAAAGAUAGGUGUAAAAAAUUAUAUAAACAAAAUAAUAAUUCUUCCUAAAGGAAAUAAACUGUAUUUAACUAAUAAUUUUAGUUACAUUUUUACAAUUAUUAUAAACAAGGAAAAUAAAAUUAAAAAAAAAAAAAAACAAAAACCUCUAUCCUCAAUAAGUUUGUAAAUUUUGAAUACAAAUUAAAACAAAAAUAUAAAUUAAAUAAAUUCAUGCAAUUUAAUUACAUCCUACAUUUAUAAAUAUAUAAAUAUGUUAUUUCUUUUCUUUAUUUCUUAGUUUCACUCAACUUUAAAUCAAUUUUAAAUAAAAUUAAAAACAAAAAAAAACAAACAAAAACAAAAUAAAAUUAUUCUUAUUGAAAUAAAAUAACUGUAUAUUUUUAUAUUAUUGCAAUUUAACAUGUAUGUAUGUAAGAAAAGAAAUUUAAAUAUUAAACAAAGGUGUGAGAGAGACUGAAAAUAAUAAUUACAAAAACAAACUCAAUAAACUGAAAUAUUCUUAAAAACAACAAAUACGACAUAAAAUCAAAUUUUAGCAAUCACAAGACAAAAUUGUAGAAAAAUAAAAAUAAACAUAAUUUGAAACAAGAAAAUAAAACUAUUUAAUUGUUAAACAAAUAAUUACAAAUAUUGAACAAAACAAAGUAAUAACAUUGAAAUACAAACAAUAAACAAUUAAGAGCAGAAUAUAUAUUUAAAGAAUAAAAAUUAUUAUUAUUAUUAUGAACUAAACUACUAGUAAUAUAAUAAAUAUUGUAUAAUAAAAAAAAAAAACAAAAGUAAAACAUUUCUCAAACGGGUGCAUGGAUACAUUGUUUUAAGAAAUCAAAACAAAAACAAAAGCAAAACAAAAUAAACAAAGAAACACAGAAUAAUGCGUUCUUAAAGAAAUACUUCAGUUUAUGUAAUCUUAAUGUUGUUUUUAUAUUUAGCAAUUUUUUCACGCAUACAUUGUUGUUUUUUUAAUUUUUGUUUUGUUUUGUCUUGAAGAGAACAAAAUCA